GGCAGUCAGAUUGUCUCUACAUACGAGAUAAGAGGAAUUAUGGGAUCAAUUCUGUCCAGAAGUUGGGAGUGGAGAGGUUGCAAAUAUAAAUUUCCAACUUGAUAAUUCCGAACGAGCCUUAAAAUGGAUUUCUCGUCAAAACUAAAACCCAAAAUCGACCUCGGCGCGGCAACCGCGGCGUUAGAAAACUUGCAAAAAUUGGCCACCUCACUCCAAUCGAUGGGUAAGGAACUCGCCGAUAUUGGUCAGGCGAGCGGGUCAAUCGCCACAGUGAUAUCAUCGGGAGACUUUAUCUCCCAAGUUUCCUCUCUGCGGAGUAGCAUGGAAGAAAUCCAGUCCAGCAAGGACACCGUGUCGCAGGAGAUCGUCACCAUCAACGGAAUUCUGGAAGAGUUGAAAAAACUUGCAGGGGACGAUAUGGAAAAACCGGCCGAGAAACAGGGUAAAGUUGCAAAAGCGACGAACGCAGCGUUGAAUUUAUUAGUAACCGUUACGAAGAUAUUGGAUGAGUUGGUGCAACUCAUGGACAAGGUUGAUCAGAUUAUCAACUUGGAUAAGGCAGAUGUGGAUGGCAUCACAGAACUUGGGAAGGGGGUCAAGGGGAAUAUUGAGGCGCUCGUGGGGCUCAUUAAAGAGGCGACCGAGCAGGUGAAGGAGAUUAUUGACAUCGUCAAAGGUGGCGGUGGUGGGGAUAAAAAGGGAGGAGAAAGUAAGAAGGAAAAGGUGAAGGACACCCAGCCAAAGAAGUCGGAUGGCGUGGCAAAGUCCGCUAAAGCUGGGGAUACAACCGAUAAGAAAGAUAAAGAUGGGGAGGAGGAAAAGGGAUGCUGGGCAAGUUUCAAAAGCUGCUGCUGUUGCUGCUGUUAAGAAGAUCAAUUCAGAUCAAUUUUAGCUGAGGGUCUGAGUUUUAAUUAAAUCCAGGCAAAUGCUUUAUUCCAAUAAAAAUUGCACUCCGAAACUUAUUUUUAAAGUAAAAUUCCAUUACAAAUUCCGAUCAUUUAAUAAAAUCAGAUCCAGCCAGGUUAUCUGGAAAUAAUAA